GAUCAUGAGCCAACAAUGGCGAAAACGCGAUUGCGACGUGGACAACACUGAUCAAGCAUUGCAUCUUUCUGUUUCUCGAGGAGAAUCUGGAGGAGGAAGAACAUGGACGAUGAUCUGGAAGAUGAACUCGUAAACGAAAUAUUUUGGGCCCACGUGAAGAUUCUUUCCAAAGUCAGGCUGGACCUGUCCAUGAUGGCGGACGCGGCAGUCUUCUACCUCCGGCUGUACAUGUUCCGGCCCGGGACCGUGGCCGUGGCGGUCGCACUCAUCGCGGGCAUCCUCCUCUGUCAUUCCACUGAUAUCUGGUUUCACCUGCUGGCCCGGAGACUGGAGGUGCUUAGUGGAUAUUACGGCAACAGGGACAAGAUAAGGCUGCUGGUGAAUCCGACGUCGAGGAGUGACCGGGCAUCGUGGGAGCUCCAGGGCAGGCACGCGGGCGUGUACGCCGUCCAGGGACGGAGACCCAGGAUGGAGGACAGGUUCAGCAUCCUCAGCGAUGCAGAUCACGACAUCCACUUGUACGGAAUCUUCGACGGUCACGGAGGGGAGUUGGCAGCUGACUUUGCGGAGAAGAAGUUGUUUCCGUCCCUGAUCAAGAGGCUCGUCGAGGUCAAAAGCCAGCACCGGACGCCAAAGGAAACGCCAGAGCAGAGGGCAGAAGGGACUAGGGCAUUGCUCGCCGAGUUUUCGCGAGUCAUCACCGAGGAGAUACUUCGCCUUGACACAGACCUAUUGGCUGCAGCCAAGGCCAAGAAAGACUUGUCAGGUUCCACAGCGCUGGUGGCACUGGUGCACGCUGCACACCUGGUGGUGGCAAACGUCGGGGACUCGCGGGGGGUCUUGUGCGACAAGAAGGGUCAGGCCGUCCCCCUCUCCUUCGACCACAAGCCACAGCAGCUGAAGGAGCACAAGCGCAUCAAGGAGGCCGGCGGCUUCAUCACCUUCAACGGCGUGUGGCGCGUGGCCGGCGUGCUGGCCACCUCCCGCGCCCUCGGCGACUUCCCGCUCAAGGACCGCCGCCUGGUGGUGGCCCAGCCGGACGUUCUCACCUUCAACCUGGCCGACCUGGGCGCCACCUUCAUGGUGCUCGCCUCGGACGGGCUCUGGGACGCGCUGAGCAACGACGACGCCGUGGCCUUCGCCGCACCGCACCUCGACGAGCCCCUGUGCGGAGCGCGGAGCCUCGUCAACAGGGCGUACGACAUCGGCUCCCUGGACAACAUCAGCGCGCUCGUUGUUGACCUCCGUGCCGUCGUCGGCGAUUCGGGGCAGGGCGACGGCAGGACUCAUGUCGUUGGAGAGUGAACUUGGGUUUCGGCAAACGACGCGUCGUUUGGUGUAAUCAUCGGGUUUGUACGCGCACGUCUUCUGGGCUGCGGCAUUUGAAGAAGUGAUUUGUUGCCGCUGCCGUCAGCUCGUGCAAUCAGCGCGUCGUUUUGAUCUUGUCGUCAGGUUUGGUACGAGAGUCCUCUGGCUUGUGGUAUCUGGAGAAGCGCGUCGUCGCCUCCGUGCCAGUCAGGUUUAGAAUUUGGAAGACAUUGUUGCUGGCACCGAAGGGGCGAUCUGAACAUGCUGCAUUUGCCUGUCGUCAAGCUCACGCAGGCACCGAGGUAAAUUGCCUUAUGACUCAUUCAUCUUGCCGUCGUGUGGUGGGCGUGUUCCUGUUCGUUUUGUGUUAUAGACCACACUGUAAAUGGCUGUGGGCAUCACUCGACGGCUUGGUUCACGUUCCGGUUUGAUUGUCGACCACGUUGCAGGUGCCAAACCUCUCAGAAAUUUGUUUUGGCAGCUCCUGUGAAGAUGGGGGGGGGGGGGUGCCAGAAAACUAUUGAAAUUUAUUUCGGAGAUACUGGCAUUGCUACGAUGCACCGCGAAGGUUACCUUUCCCAACUGUUGCCAUGCGCUCGUACAGAUCAAUUGACGUUUUGCUUUAAGAGGCGCUUGCAAGGUCUUAUCGAGAUGUGCACCUGCCUUUGCCUUUUUGCAUAAACAGAAUUUGGAGGUCAGGUGACAUGCUCUAUCUCAACAGACGUCAUUCGUGGUUUAGAGUUGGCGUUGUUUGCAGAUUCAGUUUGUUUCGUGGAAAGAGCAGAGUUUGGUUUGCAAAACUGUAUAUAGGCAACAUCCUGGUGAACAACACUGGUUCCUAUUUUUGUUUUGUUAUGUAUAAUAUUCGGAGCAGGACACUAGUGACUUUGCAAGUGCAGUUUAUUUUGCCUGGUAUACCUGUUUUGUUUUUUUCUUGAAUUGUACAUAGCAGAGGAAUUAGACAGUUCCUGCUUUUGUGUUGUGUGUAAUAGUCCUGUGUAGAGAGUUGAUUUUUUUUUUUUUUUUCACAUUGUUUCUUUAGAAAUAAAGUAAAUCAAGCAUUGUGGUACAAACUAUGCAUAACUAUAUCUUAGGCUCGAAGCCCUGGUUGUCUCUGAAAGGUCAAUCUUGAAGCAAUUAAUUUUUUUUUGUGGUGAAUGAUGUGUAAUCUAAAGGUUUCCUUACUGCAGGAAUCCAUCAUCUUUUAAAUGUAUGAUUUGAGAGUUUUGUCUAAAAGAAUGCACGCACUACCAGAUCUUGGGCAAGGAAGCCGGAUCCUGUUGGCUUCCGAUGUUAGUCUUCCUAAAAGGCUACUUGUGUGCUCAUUGGGGAUUAUCUGAGGCUUUUUCCUUCGAAAAGCCCCUUCCCCUUUUCUUUUGACAACCACAAAAAAAAAAAAAGAAGAGAACCAUACUCUUCAACCCCUAACUAGAAAAAUAGUGGAUUGAAUUGUAUUCUUACAACUUAGAAUGUGCAUUGAAUGCUAGCAUGAACAUUAGUGCUUUUUUACAUUUUAAACGGGCAGUCUAUUGAUUAGCACCACUCUUAACUGCUUAUGCUGGUGCCCCAAACAAGCCCUAGCCACCACACUAUAGUAGUUUCGACAAGAACUAAAAAAACGGGAGAAACUGUCAAUGGGAUUGUUCUUAUUAAUAGUGUUGCGCUGUGUAACAUAAUUUAUGGCACUUGUACUAGCUUUAGUAGUAUGAGCUGAGGUUCUUGGCUUCACUAGUACUAAUUUAUUUAUGAUUACCCGCAGCACCUUAUUGGUAGUUGACCGUUAUGUUCACAUGCUAGCUUUGUUUUGCACAAAGCAGCACAUACUGUUUAUAUUUAAGAGCAAGAAGCAAAUUGAGUGCUUGUCAUGAAACAAACGAGUUGUUUUGUUAAUCGUUUGGCAAUUUGGAUAUGAUGGUGUUUGUUUCUGUCACGCUGCACAAACUAGAAGCGCUUGCUGCACGGCGAAAAACUUUGUUGUCACGGACAUCUUGCCUCGUGAGAGUUUAAGCAAGAAAAAAAGCACUGUUUUUGGAGUUGCAUGCUCUCAAGUUUGAGCUGAAUUUAAGUACUGCUAUUGUUGCUGAGGGCCUUUGGGACCUGUGAGGUCAUUGUUAGGACCAUUCCUUGUGAACUGGACGUUAAGAAUUUCCUGCAGUCUCCCAUUUCCCCGAGUCAAUUAAAGCUACAACUCCCACGUGUCUCAGAUUCAAGAGAAUCUUGUUCAUGAUAAUCAAGUAAUGUCUACUGUAGCUCUAGAAAACAUAGCAAAAUGCUUGGGUAGUGUUAAACAUACUAGCAUGAUGUGAAGGCAAUUUAGGUUAGGUCUCCUAUGGCUGUGAGAUGUGUGUCUCACAGUCAGUGUAUUUUUACCAGUUUUUAGGCUGCAUUCUUAUUUUAGUAGGUUGUUUCAUACUACAAAAGCAUUGUUAGCAGAAUGACAUAAGAUGUGGUAUUUAUAGUCCAGUGCCCUACUACCCCAGUUUGCUAGUAAAUUUACAUUACUUGUUGCAAUAUUUUUGGGACUUUUUUUUUACAGGCAUACAAUUUUACAAGCACUGUUAAAUAGUAGUUGUAGACUAAAAUUAAGCAUUGUACAUGUGCUAAUAAGAUCUAGCGAAUGGGGUCCUAACCGCAUGCACUUUAAUUGCAAGAUAAGAAAUCAAAUGGCCUCAGGCCAGUUUUUUCCUUUUAAUUAGAACCAUACUGCUUUAAUUGCAUGCAGUUUUGUUCAGCAUGUUUUUGGCUAGAAUAUAAUGAGUGGGCACAAGCAUACAACUGUCUCAUCAAAGUCUCUUACAUGUGCAAGGUAGUUCUUUUCCUCUUUUUUUCCUUGCGUGCCCUGGCAUUGCAUCACUUAUGUCUUUUUAACAGUACUUAGUGUGCUUUGGGUCACUUCAUGGAACUCUUGUGCACCUUGUGAACCUACUCUGAAAGCCAUCCAAUGCGUUCUCAUGUUGCCGUCCAGGGUCGCUUGAUCAGAACCAGGUGGUGUUUGCAACAGACUGGUACGAUCGGCAGAUUUAUUUAUAAUAUUAGUCUGACCUCUGAAAACUAUUAAUAUACCUUGCAAGUGUUUGUACACUCGUGCCGCCAUCUGCACAACUCUCUCGCAGUUCUCGCGUUGUGGGAAUUCGGGUUGGCGGCAUGCAGUGCCACCGCUAUUGAUUGUUUGUUGUGCUGCGGCCGUUCGAGUACUUUGAAUCUCGCGCGCGGCGUUGACUGCCUGGAAAGCGAUGCCACCUGUUGCUCGUUCUAUGUGCUUGGGAAAUGCAUUGUUAGUCGCAGCACGUGCGUUGUUGCAUAGUUGUUCUUCGGCCAUUUUUUGUGGUGAGCUCUCUUACUUUUCUUAUACAUUAGACUCGGUUUCUGCGGUGAUGUUUCUGUUUUUGCGUAAGCUGGCCUCGUUGCUGGUAGCUCGUAACCCUCUAGUCUCUUUUACGCUAUUUUUGGUCCUCAAGACUCGAGUUUACAUUCUUUUACGGUAGGGAGAUUACCACGUGCACCCACUGCUAUUCAUACAUUAGCCAUCGAUCCGUUGCUAACUCUCAGCCGACACGCAACCAUUCAUGCCAAAGCCGCUAGUGCAUUUCCAGGUGUGUGCAACCGUCACAGUUUGCCUUUCUCAACUGAUUUUUUUUUGGAACUUGAUCCUACUACUCAACUUGGGGGAGCUAACCUCACUGGCUGAGCGUGGCAGUUGUUUUGUCCUGCGAGAGGUAUCUGAUGUACACUUGUAAAGCGUCAUUGAAUGACAGGUUUACCGGUCAUAAAGAGAAGUUUGGAACUUGUGACAA